CACCUCGCCCACACACACGAGAUGGGCCGCAAGACGAAGCGCAAGUUCGGGUACGUCCCCCCGCCCGCCCGUCCCCCACUAGCGCUGGACGCGGCGGCCUUCCCGCACCUCCUCGACCUGGUGAUAUCCUUCGCCACCCCGGCAGCCCAGCUAUCCCUCUCGCAGACGUGCCGUGCCCUGCGGUCGCGCCUAGCCGGAAGGCUGUAUGCGCACAUCGUGGUCUCGGAUUCGCCUCCUUCCUGCACGCCAGACGACGACAUGCGCGACGAGCUCGACGCGGCGCUCGACGGCGCAGACGACGCCGACACAUGCGCCAACGUCCUCGUCUGCCUGCCGUGCGGGCGCCGCGUGCUCGCGCGCGACAUCGCGCCCCUGCCCAACCCCGACAUUCCCUUCGACCGCGCCCUCUCGCGCCUGCUGUCGCGCGCCCGCGUCGUCACCUUCCUCGCGCCGAUCCCGCCCGCGCUCGCCGACUCGGGGGUCGUGCUCGCCCGUCACGCUGCCACGCUGCGCCUGGUCGGCGGGAACGAGUACCCCCGCGUCAUGGGCGCGGCGGGCACGCUGGUGGUGUUCCACAGCGUCGUUAUGGGACAGCUGGGACAGGCCGCCACCGCCGCCGAGGUGCACGUGCCGCACGGCACGCGGCGCGUGGUGCUCAACUACGCUUUCGACGCCGCCGCGGCCGGCCCGUUCCCCGUCGACGUGCUCGCGCUCCCCGCUCUCCCGGAGAGCGUGGAGGAGGUCGUGGUGGUGUUCGAUGACAAGUGCGUCGCCGCCACGCCGGAGCCGCUCGGAGAGGACGCCCUGUGGAAGUCGUACCUCCUCAACGCGGCCACGGGCGGCACCGCGGAGGGCAUGUUCGCGUCGCUUGAGCGCGGCGUGCGGUGGGUGUUCGUCGACUGUGCCGCCGUGGGCAGCUGGAUUGAGGCGGUGAUCAAGGACGCGCUGGAGAGCUUUUACUCUGCCGCGGCGGACGAGGAGAUCGCGUACACUUCCAGAUUUUACGACGCCACCGCCGACGACGACACGGCGCAGUGGAAGCUGGACAUUCGCGCGCGGUGUGCCUUGCCCAUCGCGAACGCGAGCUUUGUGAGCUUGGAGGGGUAUCGCCGUUAUGUCGGCGACGAGCAGUUUACCCUCGACACCCAGGUGUAGCGCGGCGCGGGGGAUAACGACACGACGACUGGCACGGGCGACAGCUUCCACGGCCUACACCACGGCACUGAGCAUGCCAGAGGACAAUGACACAAAAGCGCACGCUAGCGCACAUCACGGACAAUAACGACCUUGCCACCUUGGCGACGGGGUCACUCGGAUUCACAAAAUGUAAACACAGCCGACGCGGCAGCACCACCAUCAAUCACUGUACCCAACAAUCACCACAGGACGCACACAACAAGGCCAAUGCCACAUGACAAGAGCCAUACCACACCACGUUAACACCACACACCAUCCCCUGUAUCCUUGUACCCAUCCUGUACCACCCC